AUGACAACGAGCCGCUGCUACGCCGCCUUUUAGUCGACAUGAUGGUGCUGGGUGGUGUUGGCAAACCGGUGGUACAUGAUCCUAACCUCCGCCGGGUUACCUCCGCGUUGUUCUCCUGUCAGGUCACGGUGCUCCUCAUCCUACGUGUGAGGACCGUCUAGGCCACGGGUAUCGCUUGCAGUCGUACCCAAGCUCGCAUCCGCCGCAACGCUUCCCCACCAGAGGUGUCCCUACGCCGCGGGCCUGCCGACCGGAUCAAGGCGAAUAUCCCAACGUCUGCCAACGUAGCGCUGUUAGCAUAGCGGCUAAGCUAACGUAACGGUCGGCUGCGUUAUGUUCGUUUAUCUACGUCCACUCAACGGCUCGUACACAUGUAGCGUCCGGUAGCUGUUAAUGUCGCAUCACGACGUCAGCGGGAGCAGAGUUUACGGUAAAGCCAGAGAUAAACGUAAGUAGACCCCGGAGAGGCGGAGGUGACCGAACUUUUAGCGGUGAGCUGCGGGACCUCAAAGUUCCGUUAUGUUAGUCCCGUGUAGCUGCUGAACUCCGUUUGCCGUUAACGUUGCUAGCUCGGAGCCGUUGGAGCCGUUGGUUAAACGUGGACGUGGAGAGCCAACCGUCGUCACGGUUUGAAACUCAACGGUGCAAAAGACAUGAAAGCCACUGAGCCACUGAAACCACUGAUGUGGUGAUGACCUGGAUGGUGCCAUGUGAAUGACUGAAGACCAUGAAGCCCACACACAAGCUGCUGUUCGUCCUGUGCCCCAUGCUGGUCCUAGGCUUUAUUUACUACUCCUCUGGGAAGCUACAUCUACACGUAUGGGGCCAGAAGCCUCAGAGUGAUGCAGAAGAGACAACUGUUGUCCUGACUAAAGGGGCUGAAGGGAAAAGAAUCACAGAGGUGGAAACGGACAUCACCGUGGGACGAAUAGUAGGCUCAGUGUAUGAUAAGCAGGGCUUUCUGCUGCAGCUGGACACAAAACUGCCACCAGAGUUGGCAUACAAGUAUGGCAACCUCAGCGAAGGAGUGUGCAAGCCAGGAUACGCAGCAGCCAAGAUGACCGCCAUCUAUCCCAAGUUCAUGAAACCAGCGCCCAUGUUUCUUGAUCGAAACUUCAAACGUCUAGCAAAAGUCAGCAAUUACUUACCUCCAUUUGGAUUCAAAACACAAGAGAGAGUCAUAGACAGCAUUUUAACUGCCACGAAAAAUUAUGGACUUGGAGAGGAGCUGGACAGUCUCAGCUGUAAAAGAUGCAUCAUUGUGGGCAAUGGUGGAAUCCUGUUCAACAAGUCUCUGGGCUCCCGUAUAGAUGACUACGAUGUCGUAGUGAGGUUGAAUGAAGCUCCAGUUAGCGGUUAUGUCAAAGAUGUCGGAACCAAAACCACCAUUAGGAUUACCUAUCCAGAGGGAGCUAUCCAGAAGCCCGACAACUAUGAAAAAGAUUCACUAUUUGUCUUUUCCGCCUUCAAACCACUGGACUUCAAGUGGCUUAGACAGAUGGUCUUCAAGGAGAAACUGAGAGGUACAGAGGGCUUUUGGAAGUCGGUGGCUCACUAUGUGCCUCGGGAGCCAACGGAGAUGAGAAUCCUAAAUCCCUACUUCAUCCAGGAGGCUGCCUUUCAGUUCAUAGGCCUGCCCUUCAACAAUGGCCUCAUGGGCAAAGGGAACAUUCCAACUUUGGGAACAGUUGCUAUAACGAUGGCACUGCACAACUGUGAUGAGGUGGCGGUGGCUGGUUUCGGCUACGACAUGAACAAGCCCCAUGCACCUCUGCACUACUACGAGACUGUCAAGAUGUCCGCCAUUAAAGAGUCGUGGACACACAACAUAUCCAAGGAGAAGGAUUUCCUUCGCAAGCUGGUGAAGGCCAACAUCAUCACAGACCUGACCAACGGCAUCUGAGUUUACACCCACCGACAGUCUCCUUCUGCCUUUUCCCAAAGGACUACAAAACAGGAAACUGAGCAAUGGGUCAACUCUGGGAGAAAGAACCCUUAGAAUCCGGGUGGCCUGCACACUGUCUGGGUUUUUCAUAUCAAAGGAGAUUUAAAAAAAACACAAAAACAGAUACAGGAGGGUUUCUGUGGAGUGACGCACACAUGUGCCUUCUGAACCAAAGACUCCUGCUGAUUGAAGCAGGGAGCAGAAAGGGACGGACACGGGGGGGGGGGACUGGAUCUGCCCGGUUCCAGUCUUAUCAAGGGACGGUCGCAGGAAAGCUCUGCCGGCCCCCCUCGCUUCAACGUUUACCACUUCAACCCCUGGAGUAUCACGUGAAUGAAUAGUAAAGAGUAGAAGGGACGUGUUUACAUGCAGAUGUCAGGAUUUAGCUUGACUCGCUGAAUAACUUAAUGAAGGCACAGAAGGAAAAAGGUAAUAGCAGGAGUAUAAGCAGUGCCAAACGUACCUCGUACAGGGGAGAGGCCGUCCUCCUCUUUCUUUGCUGCCUGAAUGUUUUCACUUUCUUCAGUGUAAAUAUCAAAGGUUUUUACUGUGCUUUUUAACAAGCUGCAGCAGCCCCCCCCCCAUCCCCAACCCACCAUUUGUCCAUUCAUUCAUUCCCUUUUUUUACUGCCUGUCCAGGGUCCAAACUUGCCAAGCCAGUUGACGGUAGAUAAAUCAGCAAGGGUCACCUGCCACCCAGCCUGGUGACACUUUGAGACACUAACAGUAAGUGAUAUACAGACUUCAGUUUUUUUUUGCAGUUUUCUAUGUAAAGUCUUUGUCUGUAUGGGACUUAUAUUAGUGAAGCUAUAAAGCAGGUUCUUUCUGCUUGUUAAGCUGGCUCUACACACAGCGGCAGUGUGUUAUCCCCAAAUAGGUCUGCUAAUAUCAGGUGAGAGCUCAAUGAAAAGAUUAUGCUUUCUAAGAUGCCCUAUACGAGUUAGCAUGAAAGCACAUAUCAGGAAAAUAUAUAUUUAUUAUUUUGGUCAGUCUAAAUUAUUUCAGUCAUAUGACCAUUUGUUUUUAGUUUACCCGCUCUGGCUGGUGAGACCAAAAGUUAAAUUAGGGACACUGCAUUUCUUUUGUAAAUCCCUCCUCCUCCUCCCUGCUCGUCCCUGUCACAGUACUGUGUUCAUCACUUCAUCAGCUGUGGAGCCUCCAGGCUCCUGAUCAAGGAAAGCAGAUUCUGUAUGUCCAUCCCUCUUCCAACCUCCUGUUGCUGCAGAUUUUCUUGUUCUUCGGUAAAUGGUGAAAUCUCGGAUUGUAGAAUAUAAAUAUAUAUAUUUUUGUUUUUAAGUCAAUUUGAAUUAUUUAUUUUUUAUUGUUACUAAGUCCCAGCAUUUUUGGUCACAGGUAGGCCUGCUUUCUGUUGAAAGUUUUUUUUAUUUGUUUUUUUUUUAAUUUCUCUAUCACCACAGUGUGUUUCCUCAGAGACUGCAUCAUCUUUUAAGUUUGUGGCAGAAGCAUUGUUGUGAUAAAGCCAAAUAGAACAGAUUCAUCAAUGAAUUCACUAAUAAACGUCAUUAGACAGCAGACCCUCAUUUCUGUGGUGUAUGCAGCUUAUGUUAAUAAUACCCAAUUUCUUUAAAUUGAGAAAAUCUAUGAGGUCAUAAUUGGCGUGUUCAAUCUGAAAGGUAUCCCUGUGCUCAUCAGGCCUUUGCACUUUACAAAUGAAGGUUCUGCCACACGCGUUUCAGUAUGUCAACACUGCAUGAACAUAGAAACACAAAUUAUUUUGCUUCUCCUUCUGCCCCCCCCCCCCGAUGUGUCAAAAUGUCACAUCUGUUUUUCUGUCAUUUCAUUAAAUGAAUGCGAUAAUCAUCUUUUUAUAUAGUGAUGGUGCAUUUAGAUACUGCUUUACCAAAGCAGGGUUUUGUUUUACAGUUUUUGUCAGAUGAAGAUUCAUUGAGGUUUUCACCAACUUCCUGUUUCUACUUAUUCUUUGGAAGUGCAUAUUUACUGUAUAUUGAACACACAGGUUCACUUCCAGUACUCUCAAUCAGUAAGCUGCUGCUGUUGCAUCUGUUUCACUGCUCCAAACGUUCCUGUUUUCUAUUAUUUUUCACAAACACCAAUGGGAUGGUGCAGCAGUGUGUUCUACCCAGUCCCUUAAGAACGGCUUCACGGGGUUUGAAGAGAUGGAUCGCUUUUUUGGAAACUCGCCCCUGUUUGGAGAACUUUUGUUGAGAACAAAGUUACAAGGAACAGCUGACCAUUGCACUACCAUGAGGCUCUCUCAGUGCCUUACACCUCAUCACCUGAAAACUGUAGCAAGGAGUUUAACGUGAGAAAGUAACCGCAGCUGAUCCAGAAUGUAAGAUCAGCUCCGGGUCAGGACAGCUCACAUCUCAUUUCUCUGAAGUGGGACCAGUCUGUUUCAUAUCUGUGCUGUAUGUAGAGCAUAUAGUUCAGGAAGACCUGAAGCCCCAUACUGGUUGUUUUGUGUGUUUUAACCCAUAAACUAAAUACUCAAGUGUAUGUUAAAUGUUGCUACUAACAGCAGUUUUUACAACACAAGAAAUUACCAAAAUUACCUUUUUUUUUUUUUUUUUUUUUUUUCUUCGUCCAUGGUUGCCCAUUGUUUUUCUGCAACAUUGCUUAUCAAUACUAUGGUUUUUGGCAGCGUGCUAUGAAAUGGGCACUCCACUGAUUUGACACAUGAAGUUCAGAUUUGAUUUUAAACCCAUUUUUAUGCAAGUGCAAUUCCAAAUCACUGGACCACCUCUUUAAUGCUUAAAUGUUAGAACAUUCUUGAAUGCAAACUGGUCCCUGCUGUCUGCCGCGGGGUCAUACAACUACAACGAAUAAUACAAACAAAGGAGGCUGCAGUAGAUUAUCUAUAGCAAAGAGGGUAGAUUUAUAGCGUGCUGAAUUCAUUGGAAAAAAGUGACUGCUCGAAAAGCAGGAAAUCAAUCUAAAAUCUCAUUGUAUGUUUUGGAAAAUGGUCAUUCAUUUAGUAAAACGUGUAGUCAGCAGGCUAAAACACGCCAAACCACCAGUAUGGUCUUUAAAGCUAUGAGACUUUUUUUACUUUUUAAUUUCUUCUUCUAGGUUUUGAAUUUGUACGCAUGCUGGAGGAGUUCAAAGGGAUUGGACCCAAAUCGCCUCUUAUUCAUAACCUGUUCAUGUUAAAGCAGAAUGUAUUCGCUUUUGCCAUUCAUCAUAUUUAUAAACUUUUUUUUUUUUCUGUUUUACAUUUCACCAUCAUCACAAGGAAGUCAUAGAGAUGAAGUGUUGCUGUUUUAAUUUUUUUAUAUACAGUUAUAAAUGGCUUUCUGCAACUCAAUAAAUAUGUUUGUAAUGGAGAUCUGCCUGUGCAUGUCAUUUCCAUCUUUUGACAGAUUGGUGCUUUUUUGUAUUUGUCUUUUUUUGUAUAUACAUAUUUCUGUACACUGUGAAUUUUCAUUAUC